GCGGCGGUUGGAGGCUCGGAUGGAGCCCGAGGAGGAGCGGCUGAGGCGGCAGAUCCGCUUGCUUCAAGGUCUCAUCAAUGACCAUAAAAACGUCCAUGGGAAUGCGCCAGUUCCUCCACCGCCUGCUUCGGUCUCCAGGUGGAGGAACCCUAAACUUCCUGCCUUUCAAAGCCAAGCGGCCCUCAGCACUAGAUACAGCCAGCAACCCUCCCGAGAUUUCUCAUCCGGCCAGGCCAACGCAACUACCUGGAGGAAGAAAUACUCUCUCGUCAACGCCCCGCCUAGACCAGCCCUGUCUUCGGCCACCAGCGUUUCUCCGGGGACUUCCUGGGCGGCCCAGAGCCGGGCCGGUAGGGAGGCUCCCAAGCCACCACUGACGCUUUCGGAAGCGAAGGCCGUCUCCAGUGCAAAGGCAAAUGUCAGCCGGCCAGCUGGCUCCCUGGCGGGUGAUGCCACCGGCUCAGGGUUCUCGCCGGGCUUUUCCGGAUCGAGAAAGGCACCGUCGUCUUCUAGGGGCAGCCCAUCCGUGGCUCCUUGGCCUUUCAACGCGGACUCGAGACACAACAAAGAUAUGGGCGCUUCCACUUCGUCCCACGUACCCCGUUGCAAAAAUCUGGCUACGGGUGGAAAUAACCGACCGGCGGCCGGUCAGAAGAAGCCCAUUGGGGGGAGCAAGCUGACCCCCACUUUAGGCAGGAGUAUCAGCGAGAGUGCCGUUACGUUGAAAUCUGAGCCUCGCCGGUGUCUGGCCUCGGCUGAACAAGGAACAGGGUCUCUCCCAAUCUGGAAGAAGCCAGCACCUGAGCCUUCACACCUGUAUGGGUCAUCCCGCCGCCCCUCCCCUGCAGGGACAGCCAGGUUCAGCCCCAGCAGGAGCGUGGGGCUGUCUGCCCAUUCGGGCGAGGAGGCGUCUUCCAGCACUGGGUCGAGUCUUCCCCCAAACAAGCCCGCCAUCGUUACGCUCCAGAAGUCGUCUUCCUUGCCGGCCUCCGGCAGGUCUUUCCGCUUCAAGAGAGCCAACUACACCUGGGUGGCAAAUCCCGGCAAAUCCCCUCGAAGCGUGAAGCGGUGGGCCGUUUCCAGGACCCCCGAAAGCAACCCCAAGUUUGCCACCUGCGGGGCAGCGACCUCCCCCAAGUUACAAUCCAGGGGAGCACAGCUCGAGCUGGGGGCCAAGCCAAAGAAACCCACCCCGCAUUCGAAGCUGGCGGUUUCCUCCAGCCAGUACAGGUGGAAAGCGGCGAGUGCGAAGUCUGCUCCUUCCACAUCGGCAUCGGUCUUCACUUGGAAGCGCAAGGAAGGGGCUGGGCCCGGGGAGGCCCCCUGUGUGGGUGCCAGCACCUCCCUCCAAGUGCUGAGGCGGGUCCCUCACGGACCUGGCAGCCCAAGAGUCUUCUUUGGAACGAGCGGCUUUUCUAACUACAGACUGAGGAGCUGGCCGAAAACCACGAAGAGGAAAGGAAGCGCCAGCUCUCCCACUCUGCUCCUCAAAAGCCGCUACUGCCUCCGGAAGCGCCACCCCACGCGGGGAAGGUCCUCCCCCACCGCCCGCAGAACCGGCACAAAGGGCCUCGUGCAGAUCGGCAAGCACAGGUUGCGCCGGCUGCCGGCCUCUCGCGUUCUUCCUGGUUCGCCCAAAGAAGGUCCCAGCUUCGUCCUGGUCACCAGCCCAGCGGCCCACCGCGUGGUCAAUACUCGCUACAGGCUGGUGAAGAAGUCGGCGGGGCCUCCCGUGACCCCUGCAGCCUCCGGUGCCAGCCCGGCUCACGGUUGGAAGGCCAGGAGGCUUUCGUCGUCCAGGUCUCUCGCUUCCAAUUCCACCCGCCAAUCUUCACCAGGGAACAAGUCUCAGGCGGGGCAGCAGCACCGAUGGAGAAACAAAGGACUGCGUUGUAUCGGAGGAGUCAUGUACCGGGUGUCGGCUAACAAGCUUUCCAAAACAUCCAGCUCUCCCGGCAGGAGCGUAGAAGCAGCAACCAGGAGCCAUGCCAGAGGAGCCUCACGGCCCGACUCGGCGCCUGGCACUCCCGGGUAUUCUCCACCGGGUUGGCCAAACCGGUCGAUCACCAGCCGCUACAUUGCCAGCCGCGCUGUGCAAAGGAGCCUAGCUAUCAUUCGCCAAGCCAAGCUGCGGAAGGAGCGGAAGAAGGAAUACUGCAUGUACUACAACCGUUUCGGGAAGUGCAACCGCGGGGAGAGCUGUCCGUACAUCCACGACCCCGAGAAAGUGGCAGUCUGCACCAGAUUCCUCCGCGGCGCCUGCAAGAAGACGGAUGGGACGUGUCCCUUCGCACACAAGAUUUCGAAGGACAAGAUGCCCGUCUGUUCCUACUUCCUGAAGGGAAUCUGCAGCAACAACGACUGUCCAUACAGCCACGUCUACGUGUCCAGGAAAGCAGAGGUCUGCCCGGACUUCCUGAAGGGCUACUGUCCCUUGGGAGAGAAGUGCAAGAAGAAACACACAUUGGUGUGCCCGGACUUCUCCAAGCACGGCGUCUGCCCCAAGGGCUCCCACUGCAAACUCCAGCAUCCCCAGAAGAAGCACCAGACCAAGCAAGCCAGCACUAGAAACUCCUGCCCACCUGAGCAGAGAAACUAUGCAAAGCAGACUUGGAGGCGAAAAGAGGAGGAAGAGGAGGAAGGAGCAACAGGAGGGGCCUUCUGGUACCCCAGAAUCCUCUCUCAAAACAGCCGACUGACCAAGCAGCCUUCCUUCAUCUCUCUCCAGUCACCCCCCACCUCCCCUCUGGAGGAGGGCCCCAAGUCAGAGAGAAAUGGGGAAGAAGCAGGAAAGCCCCUGCAGAUCAAGCCCAGGCUGUGAAGCCGCCUCCUGCCAACACCGAAGUCUGCCCGGCCACCUCACUCACUCGCUCUUUCUCAGGGAUCGGAUGUCCUCCCCCCCGGCAACUACCUCAGAGCAAUGCCAGGCUGAAGCAGGGGGAUCCCAGCCAGGACCUUUCUUCCCCCCACCCCCCACCCCCUCUUCAGCGAGGAGUGACACCCCGGCACCAAGAUCUCUCUGUCUCCAGCAUCCCAAAGACCAACUCUGUGGUUUUUACAAUUAUUGCGAGAAAGGAACGCUCCACUUUCCCUCUUUCUCCUAAUCCAGCUGCCAAGGCCGCAUUUCGGUUCCUUCUGCUGGAUAGGACUGGUGAGAGACUUUCAAGAGACCCUCACUCAGUUCUGAGGGCCCCCCCUUCCCCAGGUAAGCAACCCCCAACCCACCUGUCCUGUGGGUGCCUCCCCCUCGGCUGCCCUGGCCGGUCAGCUCUUCCUGCCCUUUGCUUUCCUUUCUGCACCGGUGGUUGGGUGUUUUCAGUAGCACAACCCAAAUUGGGGGGGGGAAACGGGGGAUCAUUGUGGGUGUAGCAUCCCAGAGACUUUGUGUUGGACAAACGGGGGCACCAAGCCGACCCUUUGGGCCGAAAGAAACAAGAUUUUGCAGAAACACAAACCUGAUUUUUCUUUUUCUCUCUGUCUCUUUCUGCUCUGGGGGAAAAAUACAAUCUGGAGGGUUUACAAUCUCUCUUCUUUGCAAGCUUUCUCUAACAGUUUGUGCCCAGCUUUUGAACUCCCAGCAAUUUGUAAAGUAGAUCUGUCUGGAAUGCUUUUAAUACACACAAAUGCAAGCAAAA